UGGUGUUAUCGGCAGCGGCCAUUGUGAACGCGUGGGACGAUUAAUGACUCAGAAUUAAUGAAAACGCGCAAAAUAAUCCAGCAGGACUGUUUAUCUCCGACACACGGCGGCGGCCAUUCUACUGAAAGGACCUCAGUCUUGUCCGAGCAGAGCCAGAGUGCCAGUAAACGACCGUGCCGAAGCAAAAAAUAAACUACAUCCUCCUGAGUAAUAUGAGUAAUAUUGUAAUUAAUCGGUUAAUGUGUUAUGGCCAAAAUCUCCUCGGCUAAAGUUUCAUAAACAGUAGCGCAUAUCGUGGGCGAGCGAUCAGGCAGGAAUGUGAACAGCUAUGUAGUAAUGGGGAGUCGAAUCCAGAAGAAUCGGUUCUUCGAUUCCAACACGCCUGGGAGAUGGAGUCGAUUCUCGGCCAACGACUCCAAGAGUCGAAAUGCUUGAAGUCUCCUCCUCGCAAUAAACAUAGACUACAAACAGAACAAGGAACAAAAAGGAGGAAAAGAGGGUGAAGCUGAGACUCGCUCCUUAUUUACCAAUUUAUUCAAAUUACCAUUCCACCUUAAAUGGCACUGCAGGUACAUCCAUUAAAGUAGCUGCUGCAUCGUUUAAGGUGGACCUAAGAAGUCGAAUAAGAAGCUGGCGAAUACGAAACCCGCCUCAGCCUCAUGAGGAACAGAACACCCAACUUCUGGCGACCUGUCCAGGGUGUAUCCUGCCUUCCGACCGAUGACCGCUGGGAUGGGCUCCAGCACCCCCCGCGACCCUGAGGGAGAAGCGGCUUAGAAAAUGGAUGGAAUUGAAAAUGGAUCAGUUUCAAAGAAUUCUGACCACAGUCGCUAAUGUUAUCGGGUCGUCAAAACCCUUUUAUAACCAGUUUUGGAGCUGUCUUGGCUAAAACUGAGACGAGGAGUCAUUUCCAGCGGCAGGAGUCGCGAGUCGGAGUCGACUCCAGGAAACUCGGCACCGCUUGUCCGGCCAGGGAUAAAAUAUGGAUAAACAGCCGUAUCAACGCAAACAUAGAAAAUAACCCCACUUGACUCGUAUGAGUAAUAUUGUAAUGGCUUUAUAAAUGUGUUCAGGCCAGUGUUUCUUCGACUGAAGUCUCAUUAACAGUACUGUUGGCGCAUAUCGCGGGCGAGAGAUCAGGCAGCGGUGUGAACGACUCUCCCUGCGCCGACGGACCCCACUCAGACAGGCAGAGUGGAGCUGUGGUGUGAAGUGUGAGGUUUAGACCAGAUUCCGGAGUUUUAGUCUGAUUUUGUCAGAUAUCCCGUUUUGUGACCAGCAUGUCGGCGCUUCUGGAGAAGCCUCAGAUUAUCGCUCACGUCCAGAAGAGUCUGAACUACACGGUGUUCGACUGCAGGUGGAUCCCCUGCAGCGCCAAGUUUGUGUGUUUGGGUAACUUCGCGAGAGGAACCGGAGUCCUGCAGAUCUACGAGAUUCAGCACGGAGACGCCCAGCUGGUGAAAGAGAUAGAGAAACCCAAGCCAAUAAAAUGUGGAACGUUUGGAGCUACAUCUCUCCAGCAGAGGCAUUUGGCCACAGGCGACUUUGGUGGCAAUCUUCACGUGUGGAAUCUGGAAGCGCCAGAGGUGCCGGUGUACUCGGUGAAAGCCCAUAAAGAAAUAGUAAACUGCAUUGAUGGAGUUGGAGGGUUGGGUAUCGGAGGUGGCGCUCCAGAAAUUGUUACCGGAAGCCGAGACGGGACAGUGAAGGUGUGGGACCCAAGGCAAAAAGACACGCCUGUGGCAAACAUGGAGCCAGCUGAAGGGGAAUCCAAGAGAGACUGUUGGACAGUUGCCUUUGGCCACGCUUUCAAUGAUCAGGACCGCUGUGUGUGUGCUGGUUAUGACAACGGUGAUGUCAAGCUGUUUGACCUCCGAAAUAUGUCUGUGCGAUGGGAGAACAACAUUAAAAAUGGCGUGUGCAGUGUUGAAUUCGACAGGAAGGAUAUCAGUAUGAACAAACUCGUGGCGACAUCUUUAGAGGGCAAUUUCCAUGUCUUUGACAUGAGAACUCAGCACCCGACCAAAGGCUUUGCAUCUGUUUCAGAAAAGGCCCAUAAAUCUACAGUAUGGCAAGUGAGGCAUUUGCCUCAAAACCGAGACGUCUUCAUGACAGCAGGCGGAGCGGGCAGCUUGUAUUUAUGGAAAUAUGAGUAUCCAGCCAAGAGGAGUGAAAAAGAUGGAGAUGGGGUGGACGGAGGAGUGGCUGGGACACUUAACCUUCUGCAGAACGUCAACCUGUCCACGCAACCCAUCGCCAGUCUGGACUGGAGUCCAGACAAGCAGGGCCUGUGUGUGUGUUCUUCCUUCGACCAGUCUGUGCGAGUCCUUAUCGUCACCAAGCUGAACAGAGUCUGAGCAAAAAGCCUGUGAAACCUGUAUGAAGUUACUCUGUUUUUUCCACUCAAAAUGAAUCCACUUAAUAUGCAAACAGACUCCAAGCCUCAGUUUAGAGACGUAUUGUGUCUCUAUUCUUUCAAACUGUUUUCUGCUAUUGUUAUAGAAUUAUUAAAUGAUGUUUUACACAGUAAUGACGUUGCAUGGUAAGUUUUUCUUCAGUCACACACAGAAUUCUCAAUUUUUACUUUUUCUAUUUGUUUUGAAUUUCUGAUACUUUCCCCACACACAUGCUGAGAUAUGGCAUAUGUGAAAGUUUGGGCACCCCUGGUCAAAUUAUGUUUUGUGAAAAUAAGUGAACACAUCCUGUACAGAGAACACACUUCUACACAAUUACGGCUUAUUUACUGAUUAUUUUGCAUAUUGGGGAAAAAUACAAGUUUUUGCAUAUUGUUUUAUAAUGUGAUGAUAAAAUCAGCAAAUAGAAAUAGUGAACUAACA